UAGUGUGCUAUUAUUGACUUCCGCAUUCCAAUCUUUAGGUUUGUACAUGUUCUUGUACCAUACUGACUUCGGCAUCCUCCCUAGCUUUUGAUCUUGAUUUUUCUUUUGAUAUUUCAGGACUUCUGAUUUCGUGGUGUUCAAAAGUUUUCCUCUGGGAUUUCCAUGGACGUUAAAGGAAUAAGCAUUCUGCUUCUAUUUGGAUUCCUUACUUUUCGUUUCCUAGGUACAGAAGCAAAUAGGCUACACGCUAUCGACAUCAAAUAUCCUCAGCUUUUUCCCGAGGGCUUUGAUUGGGACCCCAAAAAUCAGCAUUUUAUAGUUGGUUCUAUGAGUCGGGGCACAAUUCAUAAAGUCUCAGAUGCAGGUGUUGUAGAGGAUUUUAUCAAGGACAACGACUAUGCAGGUCGGGCAGCUGUGUUGGGAAUCACUGUCGAUACUAGAAGGAACAGAUUUCUUGCAGUGAUCCGCGGAUUACCAGGCGCAGGAGAAGAAGGACAAUCAGGGCUCAAUGCCCUUGCAGCCUAUGACUUAAAAUCUGGCAAAAGGUUCUUCUUUGUGGAGUUAGACCACGUUGGAGUUGAGCCAGGGGAAAGAGUUGAGGCCAAUGAUGUAGCUGUGGAUCCAUAUGGAAAUGCAUAUGUCACAAAUUCGGCAGGUAAUUUUAUAUGGAAAAUCACAUUAGAAGGGCAGGCUACCGUCUUUGCAAAAAGCCCAAUUUUUACAUCACAGCCCACCAUAGUAGAAGAUGAUAUGGCUAAGUUUUGUGGGCUCAAUGGCAUAGUAUAUAAUAAGAAAGGUGCCCUCUUGGUUAGCCAGACUAAUUCUGGGAUGAUUUAUAAGGUUGACCUUGAUGAUGGGGUAGUUAACCUUGUGGAAAUCUCAAAGCCUUUGCCUUGGGCUGAUGGGAUAACUGUAAGGCGGGAUGGGGUGCUUUUGGUGGCUUCUUGUCACACAGCGUGGUUUGUGCAGAGCCCUGAUAAUUGGGGUGUGGCCACCGUUGUAGAUGAGGUUCCAAUGAAUUCUUCCAUGUUUGCAACAGCUAUUGCUCUUAGAGAGGAUAAUAAAGCUUAUGUCUUAAACAACCAUUUGCUUGAUUACAUAAAGAAGAUUAGCAGAGAAGAAUUCAGCAUCCAAGAGAUCGAGUUUCCGAAAGAGGCAGCUGGAGAAAAGGUGUGGGUCAUUGUGCUUAUUGUUAUAGGUCUUCUGUAUGUGUUCUUUUGGAGGUUUCAGAUGGGCUACGUAAUUAAGAAUAUGAACAAGAAGAGAGCCUAGCUUCUGUUGAAAUCUUCUUCUGUUGUACUAGUUUUCAAUUUCAUUUGAAUUAUGUUCUUAAUUGUGUACCAUUUGGGUUUAAUAUUGUUUAAGUAGGUAUUAGUAAGUCUUGUUAGAAUUCAAAUUGGAAUUAUAGUCAUAAACAGCGUGGAGAAAUAUAUGGGUGUUGUGCUGCCUUUGUUCCCUA